AUGCCUCUCAUUCAAAAGCCCCGUGCUAAGGUUCUGGUGACAGAGAAGCUCUCCAAUGAUGGGAUGGCUCUGUUGCGCACUUCUUUGGAUGUGGACGAGCACAAGAAUCUCAGCCCAAAGGAACUCCUAAGCAAGAUUCCAGAAUAUAACGCUCUUAUUAUACGCUCUGAAACUCAAGUUACAGACUUGGUGCUCCAGGCUGCGCGAAACUUGAAAGUAGUCGCUCGUGCUGGGGUUGGCGUUGACAAUGUUGAUGUCAGUGAAGCUACCAGACUGGGAAUUGUCGUUGUCAAUUCCCCCUCUGGCAACAUUGGAGCCGCCGCCGAGCACACCAUCGCACUAAUGAUGGCAUUGGCACGAAAUAUCCCUGAGGCAUGUGCCAGUCUGAAGAGUGGAAAAUGGGAGCGAAGCAAGUUUAUCGGUGUCGAGAUGAAAGGCAAAGUCUUGGGGAUAAUUGGGUUGGGAAAAGUGGGUUUGAUUGUGGCCCGUCUUGCAAAAGGCCUCGGCAUGACCAUCAACGCUCUUGAUCCAUAUGCCUCUCUAUCAGUGGCAGCAUCUGCAUCUGUGAACCUUGUACCUUCUCUGCCAGAGCUUCUUUCAUGCUCUGAUUUUGUGACUAUUCACACUCCUUUGAUCGCAUCUACUCGUGGGAUGAUAGGGGCAGCUGAACUAGCACAAAUGAAGACCGGCGCCCGUAUACUGAAUGUCGCCCGAGGUGGCACAAUUGAUGAAGAUGCCUUACUCGCCGCGUUGGAAUCUGGUCAUUUAGCCGGCGCAGCCGUAGACGUGUUUACAACCGAGCCGCCAACUUCUGAUACCACACCAGGGAAGCUGAUUGCGCACCCGAAAGUCAUUGCUACUCCGCAUCUAGGAGCGUCCACAGUGGAAGCUCAGGAAAAUGUCUCCGUGGAUGUCUGUGAGCAGGUUCUAGAAAUCCUGAAUGGGUCUCUUCCGCGGAGUGCAGUGAACGCACCGCUCAUCCUACCAGAAGAGUACCAGAAGCUUCAGCCAUUCGUGCGCCUAGUCGAGAAGAUUGGCAUACGCCAUCCUCCCGGAGGCUCCAUGACUCGGAACACCUUUGACCUGAUAUACCAAGGCGAAGUUGCCGGCAUUCAUAAUACUAGGCCCUUGUAUGCUGCUCUUAUCAAAGGACUCCUCGCUCCUAUCAGCGCUUCCGAGGGCUUUAAUAUCAACAUUGUCAAUGCAGAAUUAAUUGCCCACGAGCGUGGCAUCUUUGUUUCCGAACAACAUUCGCGCGAUCCGUCAGACAGCUCAUCCUAUUCGUCGCUGGUUACGCUCGUUGCACGCCCGCCAUCUCGUGCUCCAUCCCGAGCCCCUGGCGUUACGGAGUCUUCUAGCUCUGCGCCUCAACAACAACAGCGAAUCAUCUGCGGCACGUGCUCCGGGAAUAGGCCCCUCAUCACUCGGCUUGAUAGAUUUGAGGCGUCGUUUGAACCGCAAGGCAACCUUCUGAUUUGUGUUAACUACGACUCUCCGGGCAAGAUUGGCGUCGUGGGAAGCAUCCUCGGUCGAGAGGGAGUCAAUAUCAAUUUCAUGAUCGUGGCGCCUGUCUCGCCUAAGUUGAGGGACAACUAUGACGAGGGUGAUGCUCAACUCACGGAGAAAGAGAAGCUUGAUUCCACGGAAGCUCUCAUGAUUCUGGGUAUUGAUCAGGCUGUUCCGGAGCAGGCUACAGCUGCUCUGGUCAAGGAGGGCGGUGUUCUGAGCGCUUCGGCAAUCACCCUUUAA